CUAUUGCUGACGCCAGAGAGUGUGCGUCCACAGUUUAUCAGGGAGCUUGGUGGCCAGCCCCUUAUGCGCCCCAACCUGAGGCAUCUUAACUCAGGCCACUCUUAGAAUAGUAGUAACCGCCAGAAAGGAGUCGGAAGAGGUCCCACGAGGCUGUCUUCACCGCUAUGCCCAAGAAUAAAGGUAAAGGAGGUAAAAACAGGCGCAGGGGUAAAAAUGAGAAUGAAUCUGAAAAAAGAGAGCUGGUGUUUAAAGACGAUGGACAAGAGUAUGCUCAGGUAAUCAAAAUGUUGGGAAAUGGACGAUUGGAAGCACUGUGUUUUGAUGGUGUAAAGAGGUUAUGCCAUAUCAGAGGGAAAUUGAGAAAAAAGGUUUGGAUAAAUACUUCAGACAUUAUAUUGGUUGGUCUACGAGACUAUCAGGCUUGGGCAAGUGCUAUAGAACAUUCUGUCCUCAUCCAUUUAAAGGCCAAUGGUGUUUCAGGCAUUCCGCGAGGUAUUUCAGACAUUGUAGUUCCCAAAUGCCGGUCUGAGAAAUAGUACUGGUGCAGGCUGAAUUUUCAAUGCUCUGAAGUCAAACUAGAAGAUACAUAGUUAGGAUGUUCUUCAUGGAACACAAUUGUUUGUUUACCUUUUAAAUGUAUAUUUUAAUAACCUUUUUUUAAAUGAGAAAGAUAGUGUAUAAGGUGGUAAUUUUUAUUAAUGUUCUAAUUUGGCAAAGCAAAAUUUAGUAAUCGAGACCCAUUUACCUAAUAUUAUUUUUAAUAUUAAUAUUUUGAAAUUUAAAGUUCUUGAAAUCCACAUCUGGGAGACCACAAGUCUAGUUGAUACAGUUGAGUAAGUCGGUUCUCCUUUAAAAGUUUUAUAGUUUGGUAAAGUUAAGACAUGCAUACCAAGUAGUUACAGUACAAACUGUUGUAAAGUACAUGCUGUAAAUUUAAAGUGAGCAGUAUAUAACAAAGACAGUGGUGUGGUAACUGUUUAAUCUCCAAAGUUAAAACUAUUUACAUGCUGUAGGUCUGUAAAAUACUUUUGAUUUCUAUCCAUGGAACUCAUCACCAUUGUUUAACCACAUUGAGAAAGUACUGCUAUGUCUAUAUUUUUAUUCUCUUAAUAUUAGGUGGAGUUUUCUGUAGUCAUCUGUUAAGUGUAGUUGGUUUAUA